AUGUCUGCCCUUCUCAGAAACCAAGCCUCCUUUGCCCGAGCCGCCCUGGUCUCCUCCUCUCGCGCCGCUACCAUUCAAGCACCCCGCGCCGCUAACUUGCCUAUGGUCACCCGAGCCCUCUCCUCCUCCAAGAACCCAGCAGCAGGUGGCACCGCCACCGAAGUCGAAAACCCCGACAGUAACAACAACAGCAACAACAAGGAUUCCUCCAACAGCAAACCUCUUGGAAAGGUCAGUGGCAUUGUCAACAGUAUUCUUCAUGGAUCCGGUACCCUGCCCAAGAUACAGAGUCAAGAGUCUUGGGGUGUUUCUUUGGCUAGAGGCAAAUACGUCCACGAGCUCCAGAGACACCGUAUCCGACCCGAGCGAUUUGACGACUAUGUCGAACUUUUUCUCAAGAACCCCAACUAA